AUGGCUAGAUACGCAGCAACACCAGCUAACCCAGCCAAGUCGGCUUCGGCUAGAGGAUCGUACCUGAGAGUGUCAUUCAAGAACACCAGAGAAACCGCUCAGGCUAUCAAGGGCUGGAAACUCGAGAAAGCCAAACAAUACUUGGACCAAGUUUUGGACCACAAGAGAGCCAUUCCAUUCAGAAGAUUCAACGGAUCUAUUGGUAGAACUGCCCAGGGUAAAGAGUUUGGUGUUACCAAGGCUAGAUGGCCAGUCAAGAGCGUCAAAUUCAUCCAAAGCCUUCUUGAAAACGCUGAAUCUAAUGCCGAAGCCAAGGGCCUCGACGCUUCGAAACUUGUCAUUUCUAACAUCCAAGUCAACCAGGCUCCAAAGCAAAGAAGAAGAACUUUCAGAGCCCACGGUAGAAUUAACGCUUACCAAUCCUCUCCAUCCCACAUCGAGCUUAUCUUGACCGAAGAGGAGGAGGCUGUUGAAAAGGCUAAGGAUGAGAAGAAGGUCAGACUGAACUCUAGACAAAAGGGAAGACUUCUUUCUCAAAAGAGAUUGACUGCUGCUUAG